AUGUAUCCGUAUUUAUCAAAGAAUGAAAACGCCAGAGAGAUGAUAAAUAUUAAUAAAUUGGAAUCACUGCCACCAACAAAUGAACGGAAGAAUCGUCGAUCUCGACGGGAUGAAAAUCGAAAACGUGGAGCAGCAUCGAAAGCUGAUCAGAAAAACCAGUCAUCACAGUCACUCGCAGAAGAUGACGACGUAGAGCGCAACUCUGUCACGUCAAAAUCUGAUCGGAAACGUCAUUUAAGUGAAAGUAAUUUAACCGUCAGUGCUCAAAAAUCCAAUGAACAGUUUAAGAAAGCAGAAACUGAAGCAAUUCUUGCUAAUAUUUCAGUGGAUAAAAAACAGUUUUUUCUUACAAUUAUUGGAUGCAUUUGUGCCGUAUUCGGGAUGUAUAGUGGAUACAUCCGAGGUGAUACAGCGUCAGUUUAUGGAUAUGAGUCGAGACAUAAAAAUGCCUUCACACUGAUGAGUACUCUAAUUCUUUACGGAUUGGUGCAAAUUGUGCUGAGUCUCAUUUUUUUCUUCACUUAUGCAGCAACAACAUCAGUUGGAGAAUGUAGAUGGGGAUGGAGAAUUGUUGGCAUUCUGGCAGGCUGCAUAACUUAUUUUAUGGCUACUUUUGUCGUUGCAGCUAUUGGAUUUACCGGCAAGCAUUUGCAAUUUAAGCAUAAACAAUUGAAUUUUGGACGGGAAUACAAAAUAAUUCAACACUUUUCGAUCUCAAUUUCAACUUCCACUUCAGGAUUUUAUCAAACGAUCAAACUGUACACUACUGUUGACUACGAAGAUCAACAAUCUGUUUACUAUGUUGAUAAGAUGCUCUACAGAUCUGCACUUUUCAUCUUCACCUUUCAUUUAUGUUUUGUAUUUCUUAAAUGCUUAUGGUGGUGUCGAUAA